AUGGAUCCUGAUGAUACAUCAUAUGACGGUUACGAGGAGGAUGCAUACUAUGAUGAUGAUUACGAUGACUACAACAACUAUGCUGAUGUUAUCGGUACUGACUCGAAUCCAAACCACUUUGCAGGUCGCAGUCAGAAAAGUUGCACCAUACUGAAGGACGAAGAUAUUAGCCAACGUCAAGAGGCUGAUAUCACGAGAAUUUCAACUGUGCUCUCUAUAUCAAGGAACGAAGCAAGCAUCCUCCUUCGUGUCUAUGGUUGGAGUUUUAGCAAAGUAGAGGAUGAAUGGUUUGGUAACGAAGAGGAGGUACGUAAAGCUGUUGGCUGGUUGCAUGACGAGGUAGUUACUAUGGACCAUACUUCUGAGGGUAGAAUUACUUGUAAGAUAUGUUACGACAGUUCUGAAGAAUUUACUUCCCUUUCUUGUGGUCAUCCUUUUUGUAAUGAGUGCUGGUCAAGGUAUUUUCAAGUAAGUAUUGAUGAUGGUCCUGGGUGUUUGAUGCUGAGAUGCUCUGAACCAUCUUGUCGAGUUGUUGUCGAUCAAGAUGUGAUAAAUUUAAUGGUUUGUGAUGAAUAUAACGACAAGUACUUGAGGCACCUUUUUAGAUCCUAUGUGGGAGUGAGCGAAGCCAUUAAGUGGUGUCCUGCUCCUGGGUGCAAGUUUGCUGUGGAGUUUGAUCAAUAUAAGAGUGAAAGUUUUGAUGUUUUGUGUGAUUGCUCAUAUGGGUUUUGCUGGAAUUGCUUGGAGGAGUCUCACCGUCCUGUGAACUGCGAAACGGUGAGAAAGUGGUCUAUUAAAAACAGCGACGAGGCAGAGAACGUGAAUUGGAUACUGGCUAAUUCCAAGCCAUGUCCAAAAUGCAGGACUCCAAUCGAGAAGAACAAAGGCUGUAUGCAUAUGACAUGUAGGCUACCUUGCAAAUACGAAUUUUGCUGGCUUUGCCUAGGCGAUUGGCGGGAUCACAAACAUUAUUAUUCUUGUAAUAAGUAUGAGACGGGUAAGAAAUCUGGGGAAUAUGAUGAGGAUGAGAUGAAGAAAGAGAUGGCGAAGAAAUUGGUAGAGAAAUACGCUCACUAUUACGAAAGAUGGGCUGCCAAUGAAUCCUCUAGGAGAAAAGCCAUUGCUGAUUUAGACAAACUGCAAGAAAAGCAUCUUGAGAAGCUGAGUGGCAUACAUCUAACACCUGUGACUCAGCUUUCUUUCAUAAUCGAUGCUUGGCUUCAGAUCAUCGAGGCCCGACGAAUUCUGAAAUGGACUUAUGCAUAUGGUUACUACUUACCUGAGAAUGAGGGUGCUAAGAAAAUUCUUUUUGAGCACUUGCAAGGAGAUGCAGAGUCCAAUUUAGAAAGGUUACAUCACUGUGUGGAGGACGAACUGCAACCUUUUAUUGCAGUUGAAGUUACAUCACAAGAGUUCCAGGAUUACUGUGCGAAAUUGAAAAAUAUGACUAGUGUGACCAAAAAUUAUUUUGAGAACCUGGUUAGUGCAUUUGAGAAUGAUCUUGCAGAUGUUGAAUGUCAUGGGGCUUGUACCAACGUGGACGCUGCCGGCUGA